AUGCACCACUCAAUCGCCAUUGCCAAGCUCGCCUUGCUCCUCGCCACUGCAGCCGUGUCCCGCGGCUUCUUCGUCGUCGCCCAUGCCCAUGCGCGGAAGAGCUGCUGGCCGCGCGAGAGGGAAGCGUUGCUGGCCUUGAAGCAGGGCAUCAACGACACCGACGGCGUCCUCACCUCGUGGCAAAAACUGCGCCAUGACUGCUGCCGCUGGACGGGCGUCGCCUGCAGCAACGAAACCGGCCAUGUCACCGAGCUUGACAUCGGUCUCAACUGGUUGUUCGGCCAGAUAAGUUCUUCCUUGCUUUCUCUCCAGCAUCUCGAGUACCUAGAUCUCAGCACCACCUCCCUAGUUGGACCAAACGGCAGCAGUGUAUUCCCAGAUUUCUUGUCUUCUUUGCACAACUUGAGACAUCUCGAUCUCGCCGGCACGCCAUACUCUGGUAGAGUUCCUGCUCGGCUUUCCAACCUUUCAAAUUUGGAGUAUCUCGAUCUUAGUGGGACAUCCCUGCAUGGUCAUGCUCCAGAGUUCUUGUUUUCUUACAAAAACAUGAGACAUCUCGAUCUCGCCGGCACACCAUACUCUGGUAGAGUUCCUUCUCGGCUUUCCAACCUUUCAAAUUUGGAGUAUCUCGAUCUCUCCAACACGCUCUUUUCCGGUACACUGCCGCCUCAGCUAGGCAAUCUUUCAAACUUGCGACACCUUGACCUCGGUUAUAUGCAAAAUAUACACACAGCAGAUGUCUCAUGGUUAACUCAUCUGCAUUUCCUGGAACAUCUUGACAUGAGUGGCAUAAAUCUCGGCACUGCCGACAUGUUCCCUGUGGCCAACACAAUCCCAACUCUCAAGGACCUCAUUCUUAGUAACUGUUCCCUUCCAAAUGCAAACCAGCCGCUAAAACACCUAAACCUCACAAGACUUGAGUGGCUUGAUCUCAACAGAAACCAUCUUCGCCAUCGAAUUGAUACGAGUUGGUUUUGGAACAUAACAGGCAUCACACAUUUAGACCUUGAUGAAACCUAUCUCCAUGGUCGAUUCCCUGACGCCCUAGGAGGUAUGACAUCCCUCCAAUUCCUAUCCUUUGCCUAUAACGGCAAUUCAGCCACAAUGAUGGUGGACAUGAAAAAUCUCUGUGAUUUAGAGCUUCUACGGCUUGAUGGAAGUCUCGCGUUUGGGAACAUAACAGAGUUUUUAAGGAAACUGCCACAAUGCUCGUCCAACAAAUUCCUCUCCUUGCUUUCGAACCACAACAAUAUGACAGGAAUGCUGCCAGAUAUGGUUGGGCACUUGACCAGUUUAGAACAACUUUCCCUUUCUAACAACAGCAUUACUGGAGCUAUACCAUCUGGGUUAAGGAAUCUUACUAGUUUGUAUGGCCUCGAUCUCACUUUGAACCAGCUAACUGGCCAGAUACCAAUGUUACCGAGAAGCCUCACUCGAUUGGCCAUCUCCAUGAACUCCUUGUCAGGACCUUUGCCGUUAGAUUUUGGAGCUCCAGAUCUUACAGACCUAAGUCUCUUCUCCAAUUGCCUUGCUGGUUAUGUUCCUAGGGCUAUUUGUGAAUUGAAAAACCUUAGUUUGUUGGAUCUAUCCAAUAAUCUCUUUGAGGGAGAAUUUCCAUGGUGUUCUGCGAUGCCAAGCAUGGAAUUUCUGAUCUUAAGUAACAAUAACUUGUCUGGAAAUUUUCCAUCUUGGAUUCAGAACAGCUCACAAUUAGUUUUCCUUGAUCUUGCGGUGAACAAGUUCUAUGGAACGUUACCCAUGUGGAUUGGAGAAUUGGUGAACUUGAAAUUUUUGCUGCUAAACCAUAACAUGUUUUAUGGGGAUAUUCCGGCCAACAUCACAAAUCUUAUACUACUUCAGUACUUCAGUUUAGCAAGCAACAAUAUCUCAGGAUCAAUUCCAUCGUCCUUGUCAAGAUUAAUAGCAAUGACACUAGAACAUCCAAAGCGUGGGACUCGCUGGUAUGUUCAAGAGGUCAUAAACAAGGACAUUUUGUCUGUGGUGAUGAAGCGGCAAAAUAUGAAGUAUGACAUAUAUAGAAUUAACGAGAUGUACGGCAUUGACAUUUCACUCAACCACUUAACAGGUGGAAUUCCAGAUGAGAUAACUUCUCUUAAUGGAUUGUUUACUUUGAAUUUAUCAUGGAAUCACCUGAGCGGGAAAAUUCCUACGAACAUUGGGGAUAUGAAAUCACUAGAAUCACUCGACUUAUCAAGGAACAACCUUUCCGGUGAAAUCCCAACAAGCUUGUCAGAUUUGACGUAUCUAAGCUCCUUGGACUUGUCAUACAACAAUCUUGUAGGAAGAAUUCCGACAGGACGUCAACUUGAUACCCUCUACGCCGAGAACCUGUCCAUGUACAGCGGCAAUAAUGGUCUUUGUGGGCCUCCUCUUAAAAAGAAUUGCCCAGGCAAUAAUGAUUUAGAGCAUGGUGAUCAGCAGAGAAGAGAAAGUGGUUAUGAUCCAGUGGUGUUCUUCUACUUUGGGCUGACGGCUGGCUUUGUGGCGGGACUCUGGAUUGUCUUUUGUGCUCUUCUGUUCAAAAGAGCAUGGAGGAGUGCUUAUUUCCGCCUCUUUGACAAGCUACAUGACAAUGUGUACGUGUUUGUUGUUGUUACUUGGGGCAUGAUAACCAGUAAGACAACUACAAGUUAA